UAUAGUUUGGGUUAUAUAGUAAGAUCACAUUUUAAAUUCACAGAUUAACAAUGGCUUUACUCUCCAGGUUGAAAAAUGAAACUAAACAGGACAGAACCAAAGUUGCUCUUGACACUGAUCCUUGCAUUUCACAUCACAUCUAUACAUGUUAAAGCUUCUCAUGAUGAUGAUGAUGAUGAAGUGAGGAUCCUGAUAGUGGGAAUGCGAGGCGACUCCAGGUUCAGCGCUGCAGAGAUUCUGUCAGGAAGGAAAGCCGGUGGACAGGAGGACAGAGAGAUUGUAAAGACUCCAGUAAUGACAGACGAGGGUCGUAGAAUGAUGCUGGUCACUGGACCAAACCUCUGUGAGGACGACACAGCGAGACAGAGCUUCACAACAGCGCUGGUUCUCUCGGCUCCUGGACCUCACGCCGUUUUAAUGCUCCUGAAUCUGGAAGAUCAAGAAUCAGAAGAGUGUGAUGUUGUGAAACGAGUCCAGGAUCUGCUGGGAGCAGAAGUUCUUCAGCACUGCAUUGUUCUUCUGCAGCAAAAUCACCAGGAACGUUUGACAGGAGCGUCCAGAGGGAUCGCUGGAGAAAUGAUCAACGCAUGUGGAGGCAGAUUUCACAUGAUCAGAGACUCUGAACCCAAACCUGCUCAAACAGCAGCUCUCGUAGCGGAAAUACACAAGCUAGUUCAGCUCAAUGCUCACGGGUUUUACUCGGUAUUGACACAAACGUUAAAAACAGAAGAGACAAGUGUUACCUCGUCUCUCUCCCCUGUAUCCCUCUCCAGAGUUCAUCGUUCCUCUGUGUCUCCGUUCCCACCUGUGGGCAUCAGCUCUGUCAUCCAUCUCUUCAUCUACCAGUCAUCAUACCUCUCACCAGAACCACUUCAGGACAACGUUGAUCCCAUCACCCCAGCUGUCACCACCACUUCUUCCCCGACCACGAUCGCCAGUCCCAUGGCCAAACCAGCGCCCUUCUCUGGCUCGGCAGAGGAGUGUGUGACCGUAAGCCUCCGGGUACCAUCCCCAGUCGAACGGGCAGACGGAGAGGAAGAUCCAGGAGAUUGGCCAUUUCCUAUGAACCUUCUGCCAGGGCAACCAGAACUCUUGGAACCAGUUCCUAGUCUGGAGGACCGUCUACUGGACUCACUCCCUUCCAGUGCAUACUCGGUUACCAGCCACCGUUGUUCCUAUGGUCGGGUGAACCAUCCAACGUCCCAGCGGUCGACUACUGGUUCCGAGAGGAUCUGGGACGCAGCUCACCACCAGCUUCAACAAGCAGUGCGCCGGCGCAGUAUGACAGCCGACCUUCGAUGA